AUGGUGUCUUUGAUCUUCUUCUCAGUCUUGGGCAGCUGGCUCCUUCUUGGGGUGGGUCUGCAGGGGUGGGUCUGCAGGGGUGGGUCUGCAGGGGUGGGUCUGCAGGGGUGGGUCUGCAGGGGUGGGUCUGCAGGGGUGGGUCUGCAGGGGUGGGUCUGCAGGGGUGGGUCUGCAGGGGUGGGUCGCAGGGUGGUCGCAGGGGUGGGUCUGCAGGGGUGGGUCUGCAGGGGUGGGUCAGCAGGGGUGGGUCUGCAGGGGUGGGUCAGCAGGGGUGGGUCAGCAGGGGUGGGUCUGCAGGGGUGGGUCUGCAGGGGUGGGUCGCAGGGGUGGGUCUGCAGGGGUGGGUCUGCAGGGGUGGGUCUGCAGGGGUGGGUCUGCAGGGGUGGGUCUGCAGGGGUGGGUCGCAGGGGUGGGUCGCAGGGGUGGGUCAGCAGGGGUGGGUCUGCAGGGGUGGGUCUGCAGGGGUGGGUCAGCAGGGGUGGGUCUGCAGGGGUGGGUCAGCAGGGGUGGGUCUGCAGGGAGGAAAGGCACAGCUCCAUCUUGGACGACGAUCUUCUGAAAGACGUGUAUGAGCAGCUCCUCAGGAACACUCAGUCCCCAGCGAUGGUCCGACGGGUCCAACGAGACCAGCUCCACUGGACCAGUCUCCACUGGACCAGUCUCCACUGGACCAGUCUCCACUGGACCAGUCUCCUCUGCUUCUUCUACAGUAUCUUCUUUUUAGAAACCUUCCUCCUGCGCGGCCCGUCCUCAUACGUGGAGCUGCUGGACACUAUCAAGAGCAUGUCCUCUGCUUCUUGGACAGUGUAG